AUGCGCAUUCCAAGUAAUCAAUCUCUGCUAUCACAAUCAUUGGCAAUAUCAUUGUCGUUACCACUCGAACCACCAAAAUCUGAUGAACCAAUCUUUUACAAUGCCAUAGCACAAAAAGAAGCUUCUGCUAAAAAAAAAGAAUUAGAAAAAGAAUUGGCUGAAUUACAAGCUAUAUCAAGAAUUAUUACAAAUCCUGAAUAUUAUAAAAGUUUUUCUUCCCAG